UGUCAUUUUGACAAAUUUACGCGAAUUAUUUAUAUUUACUUAUUGGUCAAGUAAACGUUUUUUUUGCUAAAAGUGCUAAAGGUUUAGUUUAAAACAAUGUCCGUGGUUAUAGAAACCACCAUUGGAGAUAUUACAGUGGACUUGUUCACCGAUGAGAGACCGGUGGCUUGCCUCAAUUUCAUGAAAUUAUGCAAACUCAAAUAUUACAACUAUAACCUCUUUCAUACCAUCGAACAAGGAUUCAUUGCCCAGACUGGCGAUCCCACAGGAUCUGGGGAUGGAGGAAGUUCAAUAUGGGGUGUGGUUGAGGGCCAACACAAGCGUUUCUUUGAAGGCGAGACUUUGCCCAAAAUCCAUCAUUCCAGCGCGGGAUUAUUGUCGUUGGUGGGAGCCGGUAAACAUCUGCUGGGAAGCCAAUUCUUCUUUACCCUUGGCGACAACCUGAUUUCACUGGAUGGCCAACAUUGUGUCAUAGGCGAAGUGGUGGAGGGCCAUGAAACAUUGCGCAAACUAAACGAGGCAAUUGUGGACGAGAACUUUCGACCAUAUCAAGAUAUACGUGUUACUCACACUGUUAUAUUGGAUGAUCCCUUUGCUGAUCCAAGGGGUUUUCGGGAGCCCAGUAGAUCGCCCUCACCUUCAGCGGAAAGACUGGCCAAUGGACGCAUAGCCGCAGACGAAGAUAUCGAUGAUACGGAUGGCAAAACAAUGGAGGAGAUUCAAGAAAUUUUGGCCGAACGGGAGGCCAAGGCAAGAGCUACAAUACUUGAGAUUGUAGGUGAUCUGCCUGAUGCUGAAAUGGCUCCACCCGAGAAUGUUCUUUUUGUUUGCAAAUUAAAUCCUGUGACGACUGACGAUGAUUUGGAAAUAAUUUUCAGUAGAUUUGGGCGUGUCAAGUGUUGCGAGGUGAUAAGAGAUCGCAAAACCGGCGAUUCUCUUCAAUAUGCCUUUGUUGAAUUCGAGAAUCAAAAGGCAUGUGAAGCUGCCUAUUUCAAAAUGGACAAUGUACUCAUAGAUGAUCGGCGUAUUCAUGUAGACUUUUCUCAAUCAGUUUCCAGAAUAAAAUGGAAGGGCAAAGGACGAGGCAUUGAGGGUGAUUCCAAAAAUGUGGACUUUAAUAAUCUAAGAGACAAAAGGGGAGCAGAGGCAGAUGACCGCAAAUCGAAUAAUAGAAGAGACAGACCACGUUCCCCCAAAAAAGAGCAAAGCCGGCGAGAGCAUAGAAUAUCUAGGUCUCGUUCACGCUCCCGUUCAAGAAUGACAUCUGGGGAAAGACGCAAGGCAAGGGAAGAACGCCACAGAGAACAAGAGAAGCAAAGACGUUCAAGAUCAGCAUCUAAAACGCGCUAUAAAUCUCCCUAUCGUGGAGAUAGCAGGCGAGAAAGAGAACAACGCAACGAAAGGCCGCCAGAACGAAGGCGAAACGACAGAUACUCUCCAAAAAAGAGAAAUGAUGCUAGUUAUGAGGAAAAACGGUACAGAUCUCAAUAUCGUAGCAAUCAAAGAGACAGAGAGGAGAUAUCACCUAAAAGAAACUCAGAUAGAAGAGCCCAUGAUAGAUCGCCUUCACGUAAUGCUAAUGGAAGGAAUAGAGCGGGAUCGCCUGAAUCGAGCAGAAAAAGAACACCAGAAAGGAACUCCAGGCGAGAUGAAUCCUCAUCGGAGAAGUCGCGAUUAUCCAGCAAACGUAAAAAUCAGGAUACCAGAAAGAAAAGUAAGAAAUCAAGAAAAGAUAGCAGCAGCAGCAGUAGCGAAGAUUCUUCCAGUUCUUCGGAAAGUGAUAGUGAGUCAUCAUCUUCCACGGAUAGUGAUAGCUCCUCAGAAGAGGAAAGAAAGAAAAAGAAGAAGAAAAAUUCCAAAUCUAAGAGAUCAAAACAUACAAAAUCCAAAUCAAAGAAAAGUAAAUCGAAAAAGCAUAAGAAAUGAUUGAAAUUGGCGCUCACAUGACUUUGGCAAAAUAUAUGUAAAAAUUAAGAACAAAA